CAUUGGUAUUUUUGUACUAUCAAGUUAGCCAUAACUUUUCUGUUACUUGGGUGACCUUUAACCCUUGUUACUGGCUUUUAAACCACUGGGUCUUUUAGAGAGUGACAUGGAUAAGACAGUGGAUCGCAGUAACAACCGUAAUACCAUCAGGACCGAUCUCAGUUUGCUGCUUGAGUGUCUGAAGUUUCAGAUGAAAUGUCCUGAUUUGCAGAAACAAGCUCUUCUCGCCAUUCACUCAAUCUGUGAAAAGAGAGAGGACACUGUGGAUUUGCUGAGAGACAUGGGUGGUGUGGCAUUUAUCUGUAACCUAUCCAAAUCCAGUAUUGUUCAUUCAGACGUCAAGGAGACUGCCCUCUUUACACUUGGCACACUAGCAGAGGCCAAUGUGUAUUGCAAGAAUUCUCUGUGCAGGAAGGAAAUGUUUGCAGAGGUUGCUGGUCUGUUGAUGAAAGAAGACAUCCCACUGACUCAGAAGAGAGUGUCUGUCUACUUGCUGUCUGUGUUGGUAGCCAACAACAAAUCAGGACAGACUUUAGCCCAAACCACAGGCUGCCUUGAUAUUCUGCUGGACCUCUUCAGGCUGACUUUCCCUCUCUCCACAGAAGCUACUUUGAGAGCUGCUAAUGCUACUCAGACCUACCAACUUUGGGCAUCUGUGUCAAGUGCUCUCUGUGGAUGUGUGAAUAACCCACAGAAUGAGGAGGGUCAGCGUAUUUGUGUGGCAGUCUUUCCCACAAUAAAAUCCUGGCUCCAGCAAAUUUCUUUGCCACGCACUGAGAUUUUUCAACCCAUAUGUUCCUUCAUAGCAAUGACAGUUGCUAACAACUCUUGUGUUCAGGAGAGUUUUUCUGCCUCAGGGGGUCUGGAUACUCUCACUCUUGCACUGGUUCGUCAAGCAUCUUCAGCAGAUACAAGCUUGUUGUCAUGCCAACUUUCCAUCACUAUAUCCAAGACCCUGUCAGCUUGCAUCACAGAUAACGAUCUAUUCCUUGUAGCUCCUCUGGCUUCGGGUCUGGCUCAGUAUGGCAUGGUUUCCCACCUCUUCUCCUUGCUGGCUAGCCCACACUUGGACCCUGAGGACAGGCUUUCUGUUUUACUCACCCUGGGCCACUGCACAGAGGCCUCUGAGGAGCACCAGUCUCAGUUGGUGCAGUGUGGAGGCCUGCCUCUUGUCAUAACCCUACUGACAGAGGACACAAGUGAGGAGGUUAGGAAGGCUGCUACAUUCAUAUUGCAGACCUGCAAACAGGCCACCAUGUCCUUGGAAGUGCCUCAUCUGAUGGUGAGACAGGCGGAAGGUGAAAAUGAGGAGCCCCUUACACACAUGGAAGGCUUCAGAAGCUCGGCCAGAGAGUUGCUGCGCAGGAUCGACCUACUAGAGAAGAGACAGGCAAAGGAAGAUAAGGAUGUGCAGGAAGACACUGAUCCAUCAGCUGCAACUGAGGGGCCAAGCCAGCCAUCUUUACCUCCAGCCUUACCUCUGCAGCAGAAGGGCAUUAAAACCAUCCCCAAAGCAUAUAGCCAAACCAGCACUCUGAGGCAUUUAGAGGCAGAAAAGGACAACAUUAAACUCCAAACAGUCAGAAACAUGUUGAAGAACGAGAAGGGCGGUGAGCUGAAGAACGUAAGCUCCAAUUUUAGUAUGCGGGAAGAGAAGACCAAAACCAGCUGGGGUGGUCGGUGUUCAGUGUGCAAGGGUACCGGGGCCCUGAUGUCUUCUCCUCAGCAGUCACUAGAGGGAGGCAGAGAGCUUCCUACAGCAGACAAUCUGUUGUUUAAGCCCCCAGCACCAGUGAGGAAUAGCACACCAAAAGAAAUUAAAUGUACAGAUGAAGGGUUGCAGGGCAGUGAGAUGAGUAAUGAUGAGGAGAUCCCAGUGGAGGAGCAAUCUCUCUCUCAUAUCCGGUGUGCAGGUUGUGUGUUGCCUUUUGAGGAGGUGACCAGUCGCACUUUUUCAUCUCUCCAAAGCUCUAGCUGCCACAGCUGUGACAUGCACAAAGUUCUCCAGGAAGCCACAGAGCGAUUCAGGGUUUGUCAUCUCGACUUUCUGUUCAGGAGAGAGUACCAAGACAACGCUGUCGAGCAGACUAGCCCAGAAUCUGUGACGGUCUCAGUAGCAGAGCCACAGAGAAACAGGAAAAACUGGAGUGGAGCCGGGAAAGGCAAGAGCUCUGUGCCAGGACAACACUGGAAAAAGUAUAAUGGCACGAUCAGUUUGACUCCACUGCACAGAGGAGCUACAAAGGACAAAUUGACCUCUCAACACAAGUCUGCAUUGAUUCCAUCACUCCCAACUCCAGGUCCAGGCUUGACUCCGCUGAAAAGGUCUCGUUGUCCUGAAGAGAGAAAAGGAGGAGACGUUAGCGGACAACGUGCUCCUGAUGAUGAGCCAAAGACGAGCAGAGAUCAUUGUUCAACUUGCUCUCUCUUCUGCUUUUCGUAUUAUGCUCAGAGAAGAAAGAGGAAAGACUUCAGCCCUAAGGAGGUGAGUUACCUUCUGAGCGGAGUAAAGACUUUCGGUUCCUCCUGGAAUUCCAUCUUGUGGUCGUACCCCUUCAAACCUGGACGCACCAAUGUCGACCUGGCCAGGAAAUACAGGCAGCUGACGAGAGAAAAGGAGGAGACGUUAGCGGACAACGUGCUCCUGAUGAGAAGAAAGAGGAAAGACUUCAGCCCUAAGGAGGUGAGUUACCUUCUGAGCGGAGUAAAGACUUUCGGUUCCUCCUGGAAUUCCAUCUUGUGGUCGUACCCCUUCAAACCUGGACGCACCAAUGUCGACCUGGCCAGGAAAUACAGGCAGCUGACGAGAGAAAAGGAGGAGACGUUAGCGGACAACGUGCUCCUGAUGAUGAGCCAAAGACGAGCAGAGAUCAUUGUUCAACUAGAAGAAAGAGGAAAGACUUCAGCCCUAAGGAGGUGAGUUACCUUCUGAGCGGAGUAAAGACUUUCGGUUCCUCCUGGAAUUCCAUCUUGUGGUCGUACCCCUUCAAACCUGGACGCACCAAUGUCGACCUGGCCAGGAAAUACAGGCAGCUGACGGUAGCCAGAGAAAAUCUCCUUUAAGUCAGAUAUUUGGUAUUUUCCAUCUUAACAGUCAUUCCCUUGAUUAUUUAUUUAUUUAUUAUUUUUGAGCCUUCAGAGAGGUAAAGCCCAGGACGCCGGCUGGUUCUAAGAUAAUCCUGGUUCUAAGAUCCUGGACCUGCCCCCUCUGUAAAUAAUAACUUUGAUUUAUCUUUAAGACCUUAACCCUGCUCAGUUUUAAAACAUGAAGAGGCAUUUACCUCAUUUACUCACAAUAUAUUUUACACUAUUUAUAUUGAAUAUAUUUAUCUAUUUAUUUUGUAUUCAAAAUAGUUUUGCAGCAUGUCAACAGAUAUUGUAAAUGCUCAUUAUUUAUACAAACAUGCUUAAGAUUCCUGUAUUUCUCUGUCAGUUUCAUCUCUGUCAAACACAUUUUCAUAUAAAUGCAAACAGGCUUUCAUAAAGUUAUUAAAUUAGAAUUGCAGCUGUAGACACUAUUUACUAUAUGUUCAUGGUGCAAAGUGUAACUUGAGACUGAAUCAGAAAUCACUUGCAGGUUGAAUUGUACCAGAUAUUGAAUGAGUUAUAUGCGUUACCUGGGUAAAGGACCUUUUAAUGUCCUUGUUUUGUUGUAGCACCACCUAUUGAUGAAUAAUCACCAAUUUGAAUCACAUGUACAUCUGCCAGAUUUGAUUGCAACAAUACUGUUGAUGUUGCAGUAAAAAAAGGCCCAGCCCCGACACACUUUGGCAACCAUUUUAUCACUGCUAUGCCAAGUCUGAUUCAUGGUGUGACUGUUAUGUUCAAAGAAGCAAAUAAAGUUGUUUUUUUGUUGUUUUUACAUA